GGUUUUAGAAGCGGCGAGGCUGCAUGCUGUGCGUGCCCGGACCCCUUUAAAGACACGGGACGCUCCCCCAUCCUCUGCCUUUCCUUGUUGCCUUUCCUGGAACAUGUGGUGAGGAAGCAUGUACUGUACAGUACUGUAUCUUGAGAAACAACACCUCGGGGAGGAAGAGCAGCAAAAGGACCAUUUCCGGUGCCGCGUCCAUCUCCGCCCUUUUCCUCGACGCGGCCUCAGGUUCCUCGUGGCAGGAGUCGGCGUUUAUGGAUGGAUCGUUUUGAGGAUCCAGAAAACAGGCUUCUUCUACAGCCUUGGGCUUCAGUUUGCUUUAGUGAGUCCACCACAUUGAUGGCAAAGGCUUGGUUUGGAGAUGCUGGCUACGCCUUGCUCCUUUCUGACCUCAACAACAUGUGGUAUGAAAGUGCAGAUAUGGAAGUGAUUCAGCAUAGGUCAAAGGAGCUAAAUAAGCGCUUGACAGCUCAUGCAUCGUCCUUCCUAAACCGCCUGAGUAGCCUAGUAUGUCCCCUUUUGGAAGGCCAAAAGAACAGCUCGACCACCUUUUGCUGCCAGCUGAGUCCCAGCACCUUGACGCUUCAUGUGAAGAGUGAACUUUCAGGACUGCCUUUCUACUGGGACUUUCACUGUUCUGUGGCACCUGUUGAGAUGAUGUUCCGCCACCUUGUGCGGCCCCUGAUGGCGAUGAGCUUGGUGUUGCAGUGCCAGAUGCAGGAGCUGGCAUCCUUGCUGCUCCAGAAGGACGCCGAGAUAGAGGACUACCAAGAGAACGGGGCUGCGCUCAGCCGAGAGCGCCUGAAAACGCAGCCUUUCAAAGAAGAAUCUUUCCUGCAGACCUUUCACACUCAGACUUUGCCCCAAGCCUGCUGCCUAGGAGAUGGGCAUCUUUUCACUUCUAGCCUAAAGGAGCUUUACAUGGCUGUAACCCAAGAGCAGGCCAGAUCAGCUUGCAAACGCCAUCGGGAAGCAUCAGGAGACUCCGUGAGCUGUGAACAUGUUGGCGCUCAGGACAUUUCCGAGAAGGCUGUGGAUUUACCAACUGAUGGCGAUAAGACAGAGUUCCAAUUAACCUCUACAGAGAGUGUGCAAGACACAGUGGCACUAACCUCCCAAACUCAGAGUGCUCGCUUGCCAAUUGUCAAGAGCAAAAAGAAGAAAGCAAAAGGGCUCUUUGGCUGAUCCAGGUGACCUUUUUUCAUGGAGAUAGAAUGCCCUUGCUGUUCCAUUUUUCUAGACUAUCUGGAAGAGAGCUGCAUGGCACACUUCGGUGCACAGCUGGUACCACUCUGCUCCUCUUGCCGUGUUUCAAAACAGUAGCUGGGGAAUGUCCCGGACGGUGCCACAGCUAUUUCCCACCCUAUUAAAGGCUUGUCCUUUCUCCUUUCUGCUGCUGACACUGUCCCAGAAAUUGAGAGAUGUUGCAUACAAAGUAAGAAGUUUUCUUAGUGUGUGGAAAAUAAAGACUUUGCUUUCAAAAAGGGGAAAUCCAUUGUGGUGCC